AUUGUAUUCGUAUUCUUGUUAUUUGCUUUGAGGUUUGAUCAGUAAUUGUUAGCUUAUUUUAUAGCUUUUUAAAGUGUCAGCUACUAUGUAGUUGUGAUUAUAUGUGCGCAAUAUACGACGUUGAUCCAAUAUUAUUUGGUUUCAUAAGUAUCUUAUUUGUUUGGUGGUUGUAUCGUGUUAAAGUUUACAACUUUACUUGCAUAUUAGUAUCAUCAUCUUAAAACUUACAACUUUUCUUGCAUAUUAGUCUCAUCAUUUUACAACUUUACUUAAUAUUGCGAUUAAUCUAGAAUGGAUGCAUGGUAUAAACAGUUUAAUUUGAUACUCUGGGGAGCUAUAAGUUCAGUUCAGAGUACUUUAACACUAUGCAAAAAAAAAAAAAAAAAAAGAUCUGCUCUGCCGAAGUAACUUACCAGCUACCUGACCUGAAUUUAACCCAAGCUUGGCUUAAUCAAUUUAAGUUUUAGUGCCAAAGUAGGGUUGAAUGCUGCUUUGGACUAAGGAUCUGAUCGAAAUGCAGAUAUUAAUAAGUCUAUGAACAUGGGCUCGAAUUCAGUUGUGGAUAUGAUAGAGGCCUCCUCAGGGGUUCAUUUUUCUGGAUUUCACAUGGAUGGCUUAGAGCAAAUACAGAAGGUGGAGCUACCGAUAACAUCAGCACAUGAAAACAUGCAUAAACAGCCCUUCGUUAUUGGUGUUGCUGGUGGGGCAGCUUCUGGUAAGACUACUGUUUGUGAUAUGAUUAUACAGCAGCUUCAUGAUCAGCGUGUUGUUCUUGUUAACCAGGAUUCCUUUUAUCAUAAUCUGACUGAGGAGGAACUUAAUCGUGUACAUGAAUACAACUUUGACCAUCCUGAUGCUUUUGACACUGAGAAACUAUUAUCUUCUAUGGACAAGUUGAAGCAUGGGCAAGCAGUAGAUAUUCCAAACUAUGAUUUCAAAAGUUACAAGCAUAGUGUGUUUCCAGCUAGACGGGUAAAUCCUUCAGAUGUCAUAAUCUUGGAAGGCAUUCUUGCUUUCCAUGAUCCUCGUGUCCGAGAGUUGAUGAAUAUGAAGAUUUUUGUUGAUACAGAUGCUGAUGUUCGGUUGGCUAGGAGGAUAAGGCGUGAUACAGUUGAGAAGGGAAGGGAUAUUGGUCAAGUUCUUGAUCAGUACUCAAAUUUUGUUAAGCCGGCUUUUGAUGACUUUAUUCUUCCAACUAAGAAGUAUGCUGAUAUCAUUAUUCCUCGAGGCGGAGAUAAUCACAUAGCUGUUGAUUUGAUUGUACAACAUAUUCGUACUAAGCUUGGUCAACAUGACCUUUGUAAAAUUUAUCCCAAUUUAUAUGUCAUACACUCUACCUUUCAGAUACGGGGUAUGCAUACCCUCAUACGUGAUUCUCAGACAACAAAGCAUGAUUUUGUUUUCUAUUCAGACCGGUUGAUUCGUUUGGUUGUUGAACAUGGCCUGGGACAUCUACCAUUUACCGAAAAGCAGGUGAUCACUCCAACUGGUUCUGUGUAUAUUGGUGUGGAUUUUUGUAAGAGGUUAUGUGGUGUGUCUAUCAUCAGGAGUGGCGAGAGUAUGGAGAAUGCUUUGCGAGCAUGUUGUAAAGGUAUCAAGAUUGGAAAGAUUCUUAUUCACAGAGAAGGAGACAACGGUCAGCAGGUUCACACCUCUCUCUCUCUUCUCACUCCCACCCCUCGUGUUGGUCCAACUGCAUGCAUUUUCAUGCCUGCAUUUCUGUUACCCCCAAAUGUUUUUCUUAUUGAUCUAUUGUCUGAACAGCUAAUUUAUGAAAAACUACCCAACGACAUUUCAGAGAGGCAUGUAUUACUGUUGGAUCCUAUCCUAGGCACAGGGAACUCGGCUGCUCAAGCUAUUUCUCUAAUUUUAGAGAAGGGCGUGCCAGAGUCCAACAUUAUAUUUCUCAAUCUCAUAUCUGCACCUCAAGGUGUGCACAUGGUCUGCAAACGCUUCCCCAGAAUAAAGAUUGUGACCUCUGAGAUUGAAAGUGGUCUGAACGAAGAUUUUCGUGUCGUACCUGGCAUGGGUGAGUUUGGGGACCGGUAUUUUGGAACUGAUGAUGAUGAUCAAGUGGUAGGUCCUCCAUCAGUGUAGUUCCAAUAAAAACUGCUAGUUGGUCCAACCCUGAUCAACUCAAGUUAUUUUCGGCAAUGAUGGAAAUCAGUUCAACUUGGCUUGCCUAGUACUGUGCUGGGUUCUACAUUUCAGUGGUGAAAAAGUUUUGACUUCAUGAAACCGAACUAGCAUCCUUUGAAUCUUGGAUAAUUUUAUUUUUGAACCAUUUGGCAUAUAGGGUUUUUCUUUCUCAGAUGAUGCUCUUCUAUAAAGUGACGAUACCGUUGAAAGGGUUGGACCGCUAGUUGUCGUAGCAGGCAGUGAAUGUGUGCCUAGAUUUUCAAUUUGCCUUUUGAAGUUUACCUUGCAUCUGUAUGGCUUAAAGGGGAAGCGAUUUACGGGCAAAUGAAUGGCCCUCCCCAUGAUAUGUAUUAUGAACCAGGACAUUCACCGACAGUGAUAAUAUAUUUUUCGUUGCUUCACAA